AUGAGGGAAUUUCUACUCCCUGGGAUCGCUUUCUUCUCCUCAAGCCUCUGGGGCUUUUACGGGAAUAUUCCUUUCACCACAGUUAAGUCCAGCCGUCCCUUCAUGGAUCGAGCCGUUGGGUGCACUCAAUUGGCAACCGCAGCUUAUGCUGUGGAGCAAGCCUAUCAAAAUAUAUCGACUACAUAUUCCCUCCACGAAAACACAGAUCCAGCAGCGACUGAGACCAACACGUUCAUCCUACCCGAUUUCAAUGCCAGAUGGAACAUCACUUUGAAAAUUCCGGCAUUAGCAGCCGCAACUCGGACUCAAAUUGAGCACGAAACAUUCAUCUUCCCUCCUAAUUGGACAACUCAAGUUACUAUGCCCAUGUCCAAGCCCAUAUGCAAGCCCACGCCCGCCGCUAAUCCAGACCUGCCAUUCGAAAAUAUGGCCCUAAUCAUGCUGGCCAUACUCUUGGCCCUUGGUACCAAACAAGCAUUUAAUUAUGAAGUCACAGACUUGGCCCACAGAAUCAAUCCAAUUCUCUCAAACCCUCCGGCCUGGAUCUACAACCUUGUUAAUGAUGCAAUCCCAAAGUCGGUCAGCCAUGCCUUGGAAGGUUGCAUCCAAGCUAUCGGAAAUCACUUGAUACGAAUUGAAACAUGCGGCGCCCAGCUCGUGAGCCAACUAUUUGCAUUUGGCCAGGAUUUGAACCGCCUGCGAGAGGACUUUUUGAUAGCAAGACACGAAAUUUAUGCUGCACGAAUUGAUGUUACGAACACCAUUCAUACUUCUAUUCAAAACGCAAUCCAAACCUCCCUUGAGCCUGCUCUUGGAACCUUCAUUCAGGAUGCAGCCCAGAACGCCAUACAAGGUGCUGUUCAGACUUCCAUACAUAACGCAGUCCAGGCUACUGCUGCGAAUUCCGACAUUGCUCACAAGGCCAGCAAUGAUAUCAUAAUUCAGAUGCUGAACGGGCAAAAUGACAUCCAAAGAGGAACGGAAGAGAAGUUGGGGAGGUUGAGUGAUAUCAUUGGUAAGGGUAACUCUACGUUAAGCCGAUCAGUGAACUAA